AUGGAAAAGUCAAUCUCCAACAUCUCCCCCCCUUCUAACCCAAUGGUCAGAGUUGGAACACCUCUUGGUGAGUCUACUGACAACCGAGGGUUUACCAACAACAAAUCCCCAACUAUGGUCAAGUUUGCAGAAGAAGCCAAGUCAACCGAUGGAUCAACAGGUUCCUGGGAUACAGUUUGCGAAGAUGAUUAUGAGGUUAAACAGCCUUCAGAGAAUGGGACAGCUGGUAGUGGUCAGUUCAAUGCAAAAAAGCGAAGGGCUCGGUCAGCCAGCGAUUCGGCCUCUGCGAAGAAGCCUCGGUCUGCUCCCGCCAGAAUACCUGCCAAGGAGAGAGCCGCCCCCAGAAAGGCUGCUCCAAGGAAGUCCGCUCAGGACAGAAAAUGGGAAGCUCCAUUUGUGUAUACAGAUUCCAAGUCACCGCUCACGAAUGCAGACAUAAGGGCCAUACUACUUCUCCCAGAAGCCUGGGAUGUGCUAACACCAGAAGAGAGAUCGGAUGUCCUCUCCAAAUUUCCAGAUAAGACUCAAAUAUUGAAUGCUGGAACUCCGGAUGCACGUCCAAAUACAGUCUCGCUCCGGAAUGAUGACAACUUCCGGUAUGAUUGUGCUCGCUACCGAGAAAACUUGGAACUGGGCAGGCAUGACGAAGAAUGGCUAGCUCAGGCAUGGACUGCCCAUGAAAAGCACAAGCGGGGCGACUAUGAUGAGUUCCUUCGCAAGCAGUUUGAGGAGGACUGGGGUAUCGAGCUGCCCAAGGACAUCACUAAGCUUCCUGGGGAGACCAUAGCGAGGAAUGGGCGUGGUGGCUCCAAAGACGCAGAAGAACCUAAAACUGCGUUAAGAAGGAAUUCCCCUCGGGAUAGUGAGCAACCGGAAAAAGACGAGAACAACCACUGGUUUCCGAUGCAGUAG